AUGGAGAGCGGGGGCCCCAAGGUGCUGGAGACAGCAGAGGAGAUCCAGGAGCGGCGCCAGGAGGUGCUGGGCCGGUAUCAGAGAUUCAAGGACCUAGUGGCUGAGCGAGGCCAGAAGCUGGAAGAGUCCUACCACUACCAGGUUUUCAGGAGAGAUGCCGAUGACCUGGAGAAGUGGAUCCUGGAGAAGCUAAAAGUCUUGGAAGAUAAGAGUUAUGAAGAUCCCACCAACAUUCAGGGAAAAUACCAGAAGCAUGAAGCCUUGGAGGCUGAAGUGCAGGCCAAGUCGAGGGUCCUGCCUGAGCUUGAGGAGAUCCGGUCACUCCGCUUUGCUGAGGGGCACUUUGCUCAUGAGGAUACCAAGGUGCACUUGGAGGAACUGUGCCGCCUGUGGGACUUCCUGCUGGAGCUGUUGCAGAAGAGGGGGGCCCAUCUGCUUCGGGUUCUGCGGCUCCAGCGCUUCCUGCAAGAAUGUGCUGAUAUCCUGGAAUGGGUGGCAGACAAGGAGGCCAUCGUGACAUCGGUGGAACUUGGGGAGGACUGGGAGCGCACAGAGCUUCUACACAAGAAGUUUGAGGAGUUCCAAGUGGACCUGGGAGCACGCAAGGGUCGAGUAGAUGGGGUGAACCAGUAUGCCAAUGAGUGUGCUCAGGAGAACCACCCAGAGCUGCCGCUAAUCAGGGAGAAGCAGGCUGAGGUGAAUGCUGCCUGGGACCGUCUCCACGACCUGGCGCUUCAGCGGCGGAAGACCCUGUCCAAUGCGGCAGACCUCCAGCGAUUCAAAAGGGACGUGAAGGAGGCCAGACAGUGGAUGCAGGAGAAGGAGCCACUACUCAGGUCUGAGGACUAUGGCAAGGAUCUGGUGAGCGCCGAAUCACUGUUCCACAGUCACAAGGGUCUGGAGCGCAGCCUGGCAGUCAUGGACGACAAGGUGAAAGAGCUGUGUGCCAAAGCUGACAAGCUGUCACGCUUGCACCCCUCGGAGGCUGCCCACAUCCAGCAGAUGAAGGAGGAGCUGAUGGCUGGCUGGCAACAACUGCGGGACCUGGCCACACACAGACAUGCUCAGCUGCAGGCAUCCUACUGGUACCAGCGGUUCCUGUCAGACUAUGAGGAGCUUUCAGGCUGGAUGAGGGAGAAGACAGCUCUGAUCAACGCUGAUGAGCUGCCCACUGAUGUGGCUGGUGGGGAAGCCCUGUUGGACAGGCACCAGCAGCACAAGCAUGAGCUGGACUCUUACAAUGACCGAUUUCAAUCUGCGGAAGAGACUGCCCAGGCCCUGCUGGACACUGGUCAUGAAGCAUCUGAGAAAGUUCAGGAGAAGAUGUUUGAUCUUGCCAGCAAUUGGGCAGCUCUGUUGGAGCUGUGGGAGAAACGGCAGCAGCAAUACCGGCAGUGCCUGGACCUGCAUCUCUUCUACCGUGACAGUGAGCAAGUAGACAGCUGGAUGAGCAGGCAGGAGGCCUUCCUGGACAACGAAGAGCUGGGCAACUCAGUAGGCACCGUGGAGGCUCUCUGCUUGAAGCACGCAGACUUUGAGAAGGCUUUCUCUGCACAGGAGGCAAAGAUCAUGACCAUGGAUGAGACAGCAAACAAGCUGAUAGAUAAUGGCCACUAUGAUGCAGAGAAAAUCGCUGACAUCCGGGACCGGCUGCUAGCUCGGCGAGACACCUUGCGGAAUAGAGCGGCCACCCGACGUGAAAAGCUGGAAGCUUCGCUACUCCUGCAGAAAUUCUAUCAGGACUCAGAUGACUUGAAGAAUUGGAUCAACAAGAAAAAAAAGCUGGCAGAUGAGGAAGACUACAAGGAAACACAGAACUUAAAGAGCCGUGUCCAGAAGCAACAGGUGUUUGAGGAGGAGCUGGCAGACAAUGAGAAGCUUCUCCACAGCUUAGAGCAGACAGGCCAGGAGAUGAUCGAGACAGGCCACUAUGCCUCUCCCCAGGUGGCUGCACGUGUGGAGGAGGUCCAGGGGCUCUGGAAAGAGCUGUUAGAGGCCACAGCACAGAGAGGGACCCAGCUGUAUGAUGCCAACCAGCAGCUGCAAUUUGAGAACAAUGAGGAGGAUCUUCUGCGCUGGCUAGAGGAGGUGGAAUGGCAGGCGGCUUCCGACGACUAUGGGAAAGGCUUGGCUGAUGUGCAGAACCUGCUGAGGAAACAUGGCCUACUAGAAACGGCCCUAGGAAACCGCCAGGGCCAGAUGAACACCCUCACAGACCUGGCGGCAUACUUUGAGGAAACAGGCCACCCUGAUGCCGGGGACAUCCGGGCACGGCAGCAGUCCCUGGCAUCUCGGUUCGAGGCUCUGAAGGAGCCACUGGCUGCCCGCAAGAAGCGACUCACAGAUCUGCUGCGUUUGCAGCAGAUCUGCAGAGACACGGAAGACGAAGAGGCCUGGAUCCAGGAGACUGAGCCCUCAGCUGCCUCCACCCAACUGGGCAAGGAUCUGAUCGCCUCCAAGAAUCUUCUCAACAGGCACCAGGUCAUCCAGGAUGACAUUGAGAGCCACAGGCCACGCAUCCAGGCUAUCACAGACCGGGGGACCAGGAUGGUAGAGGAAGGACACUUUGCAGCAGAUGAUGUGGUGUCCCGGGUUCAGAGUUUGAAUGAGAAUAUGGAGUCUCUUCAGGCCCGGGCAGCACGGCGUCAGAAAGAUCUGGAGGGCAACGUCCAGUUCCAGCAGUACCUGGCUGACCUGCAUGAGGCUGAGGCAUGGAUUCGAGAGAAGGAACCUAUUGUGAACAACACCAACUAUGGAGCAGACGAGGAGGCUGCUGGGGCUCUUCUGAAGAAGCACGAGGCCUUCCUGAUAGACCUCACUGCCUUUGGGAAUAGCAUUCAGGCUCUUCGGGAGCAGGCCAAUGCCUGCCAGAAGCAGCAGGCUACGCCAGUGGAAGGUGCCGCCCGUGAGGAGAGGGUUGUGGCUCUGUACGACUUUCAGGCCCGCAGCCCCCGAGAGGUGACCAUGAAGAAGGAUGACGUCCUAAUUCUGCUCAGCUCCAUCAACAAGGACUGGUGGAAGGUAGAGGCCGAUGACCACCAAGGCUUUGUGCCCGCCGUGUAUGUCAGAAAGUUGGCCCAUGAUGAGCUCCCCUCACUCCCACAGCGGCGACGGGAAGAGGUCGGGAGCAUCACUCAGCGCCAGGAGCAGAUCGAGGACCAGUACCACUCCCUCCUGGACCAAGCAGAGGACCGCCGGCGCCAUCUGCUGCAACGGUACAAGGAGUUUCUGCUGGCCUAUGAGGCUGGGGACAUGUUGGACUGGAUCCGAGAGAAAAGGGCUGAACACAGCGGGGUGGAACUGGAUGAUGUCUGGGAGUUGCAGAAGAAGUUUGAUGAAUUCCAGAUGGAUCUGAAAACAAAUGAGCCUCGACUGAGGGACAUCAACCAAGUGGCAGAUGAUCUUCUGUAUGAAAAACUUCUAACACCACAAGGAGCUCAAAUCCAGCAGGAGCUGAAUUCCCGCUGGGGCUCCCUGCAGAGGCUCGCUGAGGAGCAGCGCCAACUGCUGGGUAGUGCCCAUGCUGUCGAGAUGUUCCACAGAGAAGCAGAUGACACAAAGGAGCAGAUAGAGAAGAAGUGUCAGGCCCUGAGUGCAGCUGACCCUGGCUCAGAUCUGCUAAGUGUGCAAGCCCUUCAGCGGCAACAUGAAGGCUUCGAGAGGGACCUGCUUCCUUUAGGGGAGAAGGUGACUGUACUAGGGGAGACAGCAGAGCGGCUCAUUGAGUCCCAUCCAGAUGCCAUUGAGGACUUGCAGAGACAGCGGGUAGAACUGAAUGAAGCCUGGAGUGACUUGUUGGGACUCACAGAGGAUCGAAAGGAGAGCCUGAGUGAGGCCCAGAAGUUCUACCUGUUCCUCAGCAAGGCCAGGGACCUGGAGAACUGGAUUAGUGGCAUCGGGGGCCUGGUGUCCUCACAGGAGCUGGCUGAUGAUCUCACGGGCACUGAGAUUCUGAUAGAGAGGCACCAGGACCAUCACGCUGACAUGGAGGCCGAGGGCCCUUCCUUCCAGGCCUUGGAAGACUUUGGUGCAAAACUUAUAGAUGAUGGGCACCGGGCCAGCCCUGACAUUGAGGACAAGCUUCAGGCUGUCCGCACUGGGAGAGAUGGUUUGGAGGAAGCUUGGGAAAAACGCAAGAGAAUGCUGGAUCAGUGUCUGGAGUUGCAGUUGUUCCAAGGGAAAUGUGACCAGGCUGAGAGCUGGAUGGUGGCCAGGGAGAAUGCCCUGAGGGCUGAUGACAAGGACUCACUGGACAGCCUGGAGGCUCUGAUGAAGAAACGUGAUGAUUUAGACAAGGCCAUGGCUGCCCAGGAGGAGAAGAUGGUGGAGCUCCAGAACACUGCUGAGUGGCUCAUCUCCAAUGACCACUAUGCUCAGGAUGUGAUUGCUGCCCGCUUGCAGCGGCUCCUGGACAGGUGGAGGGCUCUCAAGGUACAGUUGGCUGCUGAACGAACCAAAUUGGGGGACUAUGCAGAUCUGAAACAGUUUUACCGGGAUCUUGAAGAGUUGAAAGAGUGGAUCAGUGAGAAGCUGCCCACAGCCUGUGAUGAGUCCUACAAAGACCCCACCAACAUCCAGAGAAAGUACCUGAAGCACCAGACCUUUGAGAAUGAGGUCCAUGGCCGGGCUGAGCAGGUGGAAGGACUCCUAAACUUGGGAAACUCACUGAUUGAGCGGAGGGCAUGUGAUGGCCAGGAGGAUACUGUGAAGGGGCAGUUGGAGGAAUUGGAGAAAGAAUGGGACUACCUUCUGGAAAGAACCAUUGACAAAGGGCAAAAACUCAACGAGGCCAGCAGGCAGCAGAGAUUCAACACGGGUGUUCGGGAUUUUGAAUUCUGGCUGUCAGAGGCAGAAACCCUGCUGGCUAUGAAGGACCAGGCCAGGGACUUGGCUUCAGCAGGAAACCUGCUCAAGAAGCAUCAGCUCCUAGAGACAGAGAUGUUGGCCAGACAGGAUGCACUCAAGGACCUAAAUGAGCUGGCUGCUGAGCUGCUUUCCAGUGGGACCUUCAAUACUGAGCAGAUUGUGGAGAAGAGGGACACAGUAAAUCAGCGUCUCCUGAAUGUACAAGACCUGGCCUCUGCUCACCAUGAGAAGCUGAAGGAGGCCCAUGCUCUAUUCCAGUUCUUUCAGGAUCUGGAUGAUGAGGAGGCCUGGAUAGAAGAGAAGCUUGUGCGUAUGAGCUCCCAGGACUUUGGACGAGAUCUUCAGGGUGUCCAGAACUUACUCAAGAAACACCGGCGCCUGGAAGGAGAGUUGGUGGCCCACGAGCCUGCCAUCCAGAAUGUGUUGGACAUGGCUGAAAAGUUGGGGGACAAGGCUGCCAUGGGCCGAGAACAGAUCCACGAGCGACUGGCUCAGUUCGUGCGUCACUGGGAGGAUCUUCAAGAGCUGGCGAAGGUUCGUGGUCAGCGACUGGCUGAGUCCUUGGAGUUCCUUCAGUUCAUGGAGACUGCAGAGGAGGAGGAGGCCUGGCUCAGCGAGAAGGAGGCCACGGUGGGCCGUGGUGAUUCCGGGGACACAUUGGCUGCUACAAAGAGUUUACUGAAGAAGCACGAAGCCUUGGAGAAUGACUUCGCUGUCCAUGAGACCCGUGUACAGAGUGUCUGCACCCAAGGAGAGGACAUCCUGAGGAAGGACAAUCAGAAUCAGGACAAGAUUUCUACUAAGAUACAGGCUCUGAAGGCCAAGGCUCCUGCUCUGUCCCAGGCUCUAAGGGCCUGGAAAAUGCAACUAGAUGACGACUAUGCCUUUCAGCACUUCAACUGGAAGGCAGAUGUAGUAGAGGCCUGGAUUGCUGAGAAGGAGGCCAGUCUGAAGAUGGAGGGCAACGGCACAGAUCUGACUACCUUCCUCAACCUCCUGGCAAAGCAGGACACACUGGAUGCCAGCAUACAGAGCUUUCAGCAGGAGAGGCUGUCUGAGAUAACAGACCUAAAGAAUGGACUGGUGUCUGCUCAGCACAAUCAGGCCAAAGCCAUUGAGGAGCGCCAUGCUGCUCUUCUGCAGAGCUGGGAAAAACUGGUGGCAGCCUCAGCUGUCCACAGACAGAAGCUGCUGGACAGGCAAUUGCCCUUGCAGAAGGCUGAGGAACUCUUCAUGGAAUUUGCACACAAGGCCUCGGCUUUCAACAACUGGUGUGAGAAUGCGGAGGAGGACCUUAGUGAGCCUGUGCACUGUAUCUCCCUAAAUGAGAUCCGGAAGCUGCAGAAGGACCAUGAGGCUUUCCUGGCCUCCCUGGCAGGGGCCCAGGCUGACUUCAACCACCUACUGGAGCUAGAUCAGCAGAUUAAGGCCCUGGGGGUGUCUUCUAGUCCUUAUACCUGGUUAACCGUGGAGGUGCUGGAGAAGAUGUGGAAACACCUCCCCGACAUCAUCAAGGAACGGGAGCAGGAGUUGCAAAAGGAAGAGGCCAGACAGGUGAAAAACUUCGAGAUGUGCCAGGAGUUUGAACAGAAUGCUAGUGCAUUCCUUCAGUGGGUCCUGGAGACCAGGGCCUAUUUCCUGGACGGGUCUUUGCUCAAAGAAACAGGAACUCUGGAAUCUCAAUUGGAAGCCAAUAAAAGGAAGCAGAAAGAGAUCCAGGCAAUGAAGCGUCAGCUGACAAAGAUCGAGGACUUGGGGGACAGCCUAGAAGAGGCUUUGGUACUGGACCUCAAGUACAGCACCAUUGGCCUGGCCCAGCAGUGGGACCAGUUACAUCAGCUGGGGGUGCGGAUGCAGCACAACCUUGAACAGCAGAUCCAGGCCAAGGACACCAUUGGUGUGAGUGAGGAGACCCUGAAGGAAUUCAGCACAACCUACAAACACUUUGAUGAAAACCUGACUGGGCACCUGACUCACAAAGAUUUCCGCUCCUGCCUGAGAGGCCUCAACUACUAUCUGCCCAUGGUGGAAGAGGGUGAGCCUGAGCCCAAGUUUGAGAAGUUCCUGGAUGCCGUGGAUCCUGGGAGGAAAGGCUACAUCUCAUUGGAGGACUAUACGGCCUUCCUGAUUGACAAGGAGUCAGAAAACAUCAAGUCCAGUGAUGAGAUUGAGAGUGGGUUCCAAGCCCUAGCAGAGGGCAAAUCAUAUAUCACCAAGGAGGACAUGAAGCAGGCUCUGACCCCGGAGCAGGUGGCCUUCUGUGCUUCACACAUGCAGCAGUAUGUGGACCCUCGGGGCCGAGGCCACGCAGCUGGCUACGACUAUGUGGGCUUCACCAAUUCCUACUUUGGGAAUUGA